AAACAGCACAAGGAACAAGACCAAUAUCGAAAAUCUCGCCGACAACGAUGCUGGACGCAAGGGAAAUGGUGCCCCUGCUGGCCAUCCUCAAUGAAGACGAGAAAUCCCUGGAGGCAGUCGUGUCUCUGUUCCUACGGUCCUUCACGAAAAACGACCACUUUAAGGUGGGCUGCAUGAUCUGCUUGCUCGUGGUCGACAACCUGUUGACAAACGCGCAACGCAUCGUGGGCUUUACGAUCUUGAGCGAAGUGUUUCGGAACGAAAACAACACGAACCCGUUCUUCCCGUGCCUCGUGGAAGCAGUGGACGCGCCGUUGGUCGACCCCGCCGAGAAGCGAUUUCUGCUACACCUCCUGGCGCGCAUGAGCUUGAGCGGCAACUCUUCCGAACCGAGCAAGAAGCACAUGAAUGCGAAACAGGUGCUGAAUUUCUUUCGCAACGAGCCCAAGGCAGCGUCGAUCAACCUUGACCUGGAUAAGCAACUCUACGUCGAGAAAACGCCGCGCGUACCUGAAGGCCGAGCCCACGGUAUCCGUGGUGUGUUGUCCCAUUCACCACUGGAAUUCCAAGAGCAUGGUAACCACAACCUUCUCCUCGCGCCGUCCGACAUCAACGCCGUGAACACUGACGACGAAGCGCCACUGAAUGUCCAAGACCUGCAUCUGGACACAUUCACGAUGCUCAGCGUCGAUCCAUCGUUCGUCCGACCUCCUCCGACAAUUCUCGAACCCGACGUGACUGAGUUUAUGUGGCUCAACCCGGACUACUGCCCCACAUUGCUCUGGGACACAGCAAUGUACGAAGAAGUAGACAUCGAUUGCGGGCGCGAGUUGCGGGACCUCAUGUCCAAGGCAUUCCACGGCCCGCUGGUGCCGUCGCAGCAGCAAAAGGUGCUGGCCGACCUGGACGCAGACCCGAAGCUCGUGUACUCGUGCCAGCUGACGCCGGCUCGGCUGCCCGACCUGGUCGAAAACAACCCGAUGAUCGCGAUUGAGUGCUUGUUGAAGCUCAUGUCGUCGAACCAAAUCACCGAGUACUUGUCGGCCCUUGUCAACAUGGACAUGUCGCUGCACUCGAUGGAAGUGGUGAACCGUUUAACGACCGCGGUUGAAUUGCCGACUGAGUUCAUCCACUUGUACAUUUCAAACUGCAUCUCGUCGUGCGAAAACAUCAAGGACAAGUACAUGCAAAGCCGUCUCGUUCGCCUCGUGUGCGUCUUCUUGCAGUCGCUUAUCCGUAACAAGAUCAUCAAUGUGCAGGACUUAAUUAUUGAAGUGCAAGCCUUUUGCAUCGAGUUUAGUCGGAUCCGGGAAGCGGCGGGUCUGUUUCGCUUGUUGAAAACGUUGGAAUAAAAUAGCCACAAAACCACA